GCGGAAGGAUCCACACCGUGACGUCACUCCCUCCCUAUAAAACCCAUUCAUCUGCAACCUUUCUUCUCGGUUUAAGCCACCAAACAACCAAAAACAAAACACUCAAAAACUUCCCUCUUCUCUCCCAAAUCCUCAAAAACAAAAUACAAAAAUAAAAUAAAAACCCUCACACAGAGAAACAAACAAUGGUGGCCGUUGAUUAUAACGAGAAGAACAGUGGAAGUAAUCUCAAGUUUCUUUGCAGUUACGGUGGUAGAAUCCUCCCUCGUUCCACAGACGGCAAGCUCCGUUACGUCGGAGGUCACACGCGAGUCCUCUCCGUCGAUCGUUCUAUCUCUUUCUCAGAGCUGAUGAAGAAACUGUUUGAAUUCUGUGGAUACGCCGUUGAUCUAAGAUGUCAACUACCAAACGGAGACCUCGAGACUCUAAUCUCCGUCAAGUCAGAAGAAGAACUAUCGAACAUCGUCGAAGAGUACGACCGCCUCACCGGAGCUAAAAUCCGAGCCGUUCUAUCUUCUCCGAGAUCUUCGCAUAAACGCGAAUCGUCGCCGUCGUCUUCAAGCGGAGAUCAAUCACCGAAAUCGCCCUUCUCAGUCACGCCUUCACCGCCGAACUCACCGUCGCCGGCGUACGGAAGAUAUCUACAAUCUCGGUAUAGUUUACAUCCCACGGAUCUUGUUCCUAGGAGAUUCAAUCAUAGGUCGGAAGAGUCUCAUUGCUGCUAUGCGUGUCGUGUACACAAAGACUCCAGGCUCAUCUGGCAUUGAAGGAGAUUGGAAAAUAUAAAAUCGAAUAUACGCCACAGAUACGAAUACUACGAUGAUGAUGACGAAGAAGCCAAAAAAACAAAAUCUAAGAUAGAAAGAAAAAAAUAACUUGGGAUUUAAAAUAGG